CGUCUCCUGCCAGUGGCCUUCGCCUUCCUCGUCCACUCACUGAGUUUCGUCUUCACGAGCGCGCUGUCCAUUUCUUUCGCCGUUGUGAUGUCUAGUCUUCCCGUGGAUGCGAUCCGGAGCCUCUCCGACCAACAUCCCAAGCCAUCUCACAUUCAUUUCCAGUAUGGAACCGCUGGGUUUAGAACAAAAGGCGAUAUUCUCGACUCUGUCAUGUUCAGAGUUGGGAUUUUGGCCGGCUUGCGGAGCAAGAAGAUGGACGGCAAGACCAUCGGUGUAAUGGUCACUGCAUCGCACAACCCUGAGCCUGACAAUGGUGUGAAACUUGUCGAUCCCCGCGGCGAGAUGCUAGAGACAUCGUGGGAGGCACAUGCUACCGCUCUCGCGAACGCACAAAGCACGGAUGAGUUCAUCGCUGCUCUUGAUACUUUCGCCACGACCAUGAAGAUCGAUCUCUCGAAACCGGCGAAGGUGGUCUACGCAAGAGAUACCCGCCCUUCUGGUCCUGCGCUUGUUGCCGCUUUGGAAGACGGCAUCAAGGCCAUCGGUGCUGAAGGCCGCAACGCGGACGUAACAACCACUCCCGUACUUCACUACCUGGUCAGGGCCAUCAACACCAAGGGUACCAAGGAAGAGUACGGAGAGGAUUCCGAGGAAGGCUAUCUCAGGAAACUCAGCACCGCUUUCAAGAAGCUCGUUGCUGGGAAAGCAUCUAUCCCACCUUUGGUUGUUGACUGUGCCAACGGCGUUGGUGCAAAGGUCGCAAAGGAACUAGCUGAACAUCUAGGCGACACGUUGCAAAUCAUACCCGUCAACACGUCAACCACGACGCCUGGCGCCUUGAACAACGCUUGUGGCGCCGACUUCGUCAAGACCCAACAGACACUCCCUCCCUCAUUGACAACUGUGCUCAAGCCCGGUCAGCGGGCAUGCAGUCUGGAUGGCGAUGCAGAUCGCUUGAUCUACCACUACCUCGACGAUCGCGGACAGUUCCAUAUGCUAGACGGCGACAAGAUUGCGGCUUUGUCGGCUGCAUUCAUCGGAGAGCUGACCAAGGCCGCCGGGCUCGAUGACAAGAUCAAGGCCGGCAUAGUGCAAACAGCCUAUGCCAACGGUGGCUCAACGAAGUACCUGUCGGAGCGUCUCCCGGUGAAAUGCGUCCCGACUGGCGUCAAACAUCUCCAUCACGCUGCCGAAAAGUUCGACGUCGGCGUGUACUUCGAGGCCAAUGGUCACGGCACGGUUAUCUUCUCUCCGCAGAGCUUGAAUGUACUGUCCACCUAUCAGCCGUCGACCCCCGCUCAGUCGACCGCUCUGAACCACAUCACCAACCUGACGGACGUCAUCAACCAGACCGUCGGCGAUGCGCUAUCAGACAUGCUCAUGGUGGAAGCCGUCCUCGCUCACAAGUCCUACAGCGGAGAGGAAUGGAACUCCCUCUACGUUGACCUACCCAACCGGCUCGUCAAGGUUGUCGUAGCUGACAGGAACAUCUUCAAGACCGAAGAUGCCGAGCGCCGCUUGGUCAGCCCGCCCGGUAUCCAGGCCAAGAUCGACGAGCUGGUCCGCCGGUACGAGGGCGGCCGUGCGUUCGUGCGGCCCAGCGGGACGGAGGACGUUGUGCGAGUGUAUGCCGAAGCGACGGUCAGAACUCAGGCUGAUGAGCUUGCAUAUCGCGUCGCUGGGCUGGUCUACGACGAGACCGGCGGCCAUCCCGCUCACCGACCGCUCGAAUUUCUGUGAGACGCCGGACGGAAAGGAAAACUGAAGUGGAUGUAACUGUGGACAUGUACUUGUAGCUUCUCACAUGGACCGUGUACUAAUAGACAAUCCCAAGGCAUGAUGCAUUCUAUGCGGCCUGCGCAGACCACGCUCUCCGCUGAUAGUCCAAGAUAAUCGACACCAAGUCCCACAACCCAAACUCAGGCCACGUCGGGU